UGACCAAACUUUAUCAGGCUUAAACUAUGUUGAGAAACAAGGAAGGUAUGCGCGGAGGCUGUGACGCGAACCCACUGCGACGUGCUGUGUAGGGGUGUUGGUAAAUUACUUAAAAGUUUUCUGGCUCUCGGUUAUGUGACUUUGAAGUCCCCCACCGGCCCCCCCGACGAAGACCAUGAGCAACAACGACAUCCUGGAGAUGGACUCCCUGUCUGAGACGGACGAGCUGACGGGUGACGUGAAGCUGGACCUGAUUGACGACGAAAUAGUUUACCCCGAGGAGUUUUUACCAACUUAUCAUUCCAUUAAAGAGGGAACAAUCGUGUCAAAAGCACAACAGGCAGAGUUCAAUGGCAACCCCGAGUCCUUGUUCUUCAACGACGGCGUGCGCAGGAUCGACUUCAUCCUGGUGUACGAGGACGAGGACAAGAAGGAGUUCGAGAAGCGGCACACGUUUCAGAGGCGCAAAAGACGACGAGAGUUCUUUGAAGCCAGCCUGAUGAAGAUGGGCAUGGAGUUGGAGGCCACUCCAUCUGUUAUAGAUGAGAAGCUGGUAUUUGUGAAAGUUCACAUGCCGUGGGACGUGCUGUGCACAUACGCAGAGGUCCUGCACAUCAAGCUUCCCAUCCAGCCCAACGACCUGUCCUCCCGCCCCUCCCCGUGGCGCUUCUUCUCCUUCAUCACCAAGCACUUCUAUCCCAGCGAAGACCUGAUCAGAAAGGAGACCGAGUACUUCACUGCCCCUUUUGAGAAAGAGAGAGCGGAACACUUCUUUAUGAAGAGCAAAGAUACCUUCUUCACUCCAUCCAUGAGGAGCAGGAUGGCGUUUUACAUCCUGAGCCGAGCCCCUUAUGAUAUAAGAGGUAACUUAAAGAAGUUUGGCAUCACCAAACUCCUAGAUAGUGGAGUGUACAAAGGCGCCUAUCCCCUCCAUGACGGCAGGUUCAAUGUCAAGUCCAAAGAAGAGGGCUGCUCCAAUGAGAGAUUCCUGCUCUAUACAGAAUGGGCUCAUCCAAAAAGCUUCUACAAGAUGCAGCCACUUGACCUCAUAAGGAAGUACUACGGAGAAAAGAUCGGCAUUUACUUUGCUUGGUUGGGUUUCUACACAAAAAUGCUCGCUCUGGCAGCUGUUGUGGGCGUCGGCUGUUUCGUUUAUGGAUAUAAGACUCAAGAAACCAGCACCUGGAGCAAAGAAGUGUGCGACCCUAAAGUCGGAGGAAAAAUUAUAAUGUGUCCACAGUGUGACUACUGCCAAUACUGGGCAUUAAACAGCACAUGUGACACUGCAAAGGACCUUAACAUCUUUGAUAACUUUGGAACCUUGGUAUUUGCAGUUUUCAUGUCAGUCUGGGUAACAUUGUUCCUGGAGUUCUGGAAGCGCUACCAGGCAGAGCUGGAGUAUGAGUGGGACACCGUGGAGUUCCUGGAGCAGGAAGAGCAGCCUCGUCCAGAAUAUGAGGCCAAAUGUGUCCACGAGAGAAAAAACCCUGUCACGGGGGUUAAAGAAAAAGUGCCAUACACAGCUUGUGGACGAUGUGUCCGAUUGUCAAUAGGGAUGGGGACAGUCAUAUUCUGGAUUAUGCUGACCCUGGCGUCCAUCGUGGCCAUCACCGUGUACCGCCUCGUUGUCUUCUUCAUCUUCUCAACCAAACUCAGGAGUAAUCUUGAUAAUCUGGAGGGAAUAAAGGAGUAUGUGACACCUCAGAUGGCCACGUCAGUAACGGCCUCACUCAUCAGUUUUGUUGUGAUUAUGAUCCUCAAUGUUCUCUAUGAGCGCGUUGCCAUCUGGAUCACAGACUUCGAGCUCCCACGGACCAAGACGGAGUACGAGAACAGCUUGACUUUGAAGAUCUUCCUGUUUCAGUUUGUCAACUACUAUUCCUGUUGCUUCUACAUCGCUUUUGCAAAGGGGAAAGCAGUUGGCUAUCCUGGGAGGCCUGUUUAUUUCUUGGAUAGAUACCGGAAUGAGGAGUGUGAUCCCGGUGGUUGUCUGAUUGAGUUGACAACUCAGCUCGCCAUCGUCAUGGGUGGAAAAGCCAUCUGGAACAACAUCCAAGAGGUCUUACUACCGUGGGUGAAGAAUUUGAUUUUUCGCCACUUCACCAGUGCAGCCUCAGAGAAGGUGACUCCUCGCUGGGAGCAAGACUACCAGCUUCAGUCCAUUUCCAAACUAGGACUCUUUUAUGAAUAUCUUGAGAUGGUCAUCCAGUUUGGCUUUGUGACUCUGUUUGUGGCCUCCUUCCCGUUGGCACCGGCUCUGGCCCUGAUCAACAACCUGUUUGAGAUCCGGGUGGAUGCUUGGAAAUUCACGACUCAGUUUCGCCGCAUUGUGCCAGAAAAGGCCCAAGACAUAGGGGCCUGGCAGCCCAUCCUUCAAGGCAUCGCCAUCUUGGCUGUCGUCACGAACGCCAUGAUCAUUGCUUUUACAUCAGACAUGAUUCCCCGGUUGGUCUAUUACUGGUCCUUCUCCGUGUACCCAUAUGAAGACAACAGCAAUCACACAAUGGUGGGCUACAUCAACAGCUCCCUGUCUAUAUUCAAUACCAGCGAUUUCUCUGAAAAUAUGGCAAAGGAUAACUUAUCCCCCAACAUCACCACCUGCAGGUAUCGUGAUUUUCGGCAUCCUCCAGGACACCACAGACAGUAUGAGUACAACGCCCACUACUGGCACGUCAUGGCUGCCAAAAUGGCUUUCAUAAUAGUGGUGGAGCACAUCGUUUACUUUACCAAGUUCCUCCUCUCCUACAUGAUCCCCGACGUCCCAUACACAGUCAAAGAACAAAUCAAACGAGAGAAAUACCUGACCCAGGUUAUCCUCCACGAGACCAGCCUGAAUCUGGUGACCAAGCGUUUGAAACAACAUGUGGAUGAACAUAAAAGCCACAUGGACGCAGGAUCUACGAAGGACGACCAAGAACUAGAUUUCUGACAGUAGAUGAAAACAUAGAAGAAAAAGACACCACACUUCUUUAGGUGUGUGAUGAAAUAUUCUUUUCUUAUACCAUUUACCUAUUUAGAGGAAAUCAAAGCAUCCACGUCUGUUUAAUAUUGUAGAAUGCACCUGUAAACCUGUGAGAUUUGUGAAUACCGGAUUGAUUCAUAUUUUUCUAUUAUUUGUUAUUUUUAGAUGUUUUUUUUAUUAUGUUUGGAUGGAGCUAAGAAGUUACAUAUGUCAGGGAAGGGGCCCGGUUGUCUGUUUUAUUUCAGGCACGGUGGAAGACUGUGAAGGUACUAUGCUGAGGACAUUAUGAUUAUGAUCACGAUUUCAUUUUCAGUCUUUUUUGUUACAUGACGGGAAUCUGUGAAACCACUCUUUAAGAUUCACCAGAGUCCCUGUGAGUUUGUGGAUUAAAGUUUGUUGCAGACUCGAGUCAGGCCGAUGCUGCAGACAGACCACUGACAACCCAAGUGACAUUUUUAAUACUAAGCCAUCUUGAAAGUUCGCCACUUGAAAGAAGAAAGCUGGAUAAAGAAAGGAGAAACCACUGGACUCCCUCACGGUGUCAGAGAGGAAAAAGCACGGAGCAUCUGCUGUCGACUAUCAGCAACACGCAUAAUGAAUGUAUCGUUUUACAUCUUUUGCACCAAUUUAUCAAUGCGUUUAUAAAAGUGUGAUUGACUUUGAAGCUAUGUAGAUUUAGCUGUUAAUAAUCCUAAACAACUUAAUACAUAAAAAAAAUGUGAUAAAUGAAAUCAGUGCCUUCGAGUGAUAAAGUUCUCUCUUACUCAAUAUCCUAUUUUUUCUUCCACCACAUUCAGCUGUGUAAUAUAUUGUCUGAAAAUCUGCUCAGUUUUCCCAUCGAAGGCUCAGUUGACCUGUAAGGUCUGUAGCUGUUAUUGUUCCAUUCAUUGCACUUGUUGGAUGUGUAAACUCAAAAAGGAAGAUGGUUGAAGCACCAGAAAAGCUUGUUAAGUGUAACUUAAAUCUAAUUUUCAAUUUUUUCAGUUUUUGUUUUUAUAUAUUUUAGCUGUAAGUGUCUUUGUUUUUUUUCUGUAUUCUGCUAAGCUACGGAGCCAGCAGCCCACUGAGUCAGCAGUAGCACCUCAGUCCGUCCAUUUACGUACAUGUAAAUGUUCUGCUCGCUGAUUGAUUUAGCUCUCAUGAUAUGUCAGUAUUGUCAGAUACAUGUUUGCACCACUUCUCUGUAAAAGAGAUUAUGUCUUGAAGUGUUAAAGCACCAGUAGUAAGUUUUACUACAUCUUCUCACUGUGUGUAUUUGUGCUUCCCUGUGAGCUUCAGAGUUUGUUAAACAGAGAGGUGAUUCGUUUUCACUUUUCUAAGGAUUGAUAAGUGACAGCACAUACAGUUGAAUACAAGUUUGGCAAUUCACUGUGGUAGUAUCAUUAUUAUGUCAAACGCAGUUUGGGUUUUGUUUCUGUGUAAACAUAAUAAUUUCACCGGUGGGAUAUAGUUUAUGUUGUGAGUAUAACCUGCUUUUUACUUGUGUGGUUUAAGUCCUGUGCCAUGGCCAUAGUACUGCAUGUUAUUUUCUGGGAUGGUAGGCCAUACAGCAAAUUAACCUUCUCCUCUCAUUGAUAAAACCUUUUGUGUAUUAUGACUUAACUUAAAUAAAAAAAACAAUGGUACUAUAAUUGUAACAUAUAUAAACUGUUAUGUCUGUUCAUUUUAUACUGUCAUUAAACAGUUUUAUAAAAACAAAA